UAACUUUUUUACCUUAAAAUUCAUUUUUUUAUAAUUUUCUUUUUAUUAUUAAACUUUAAGUACAAAGUGAAUCAAAGUUCUGUAUCGAUGUCUAAUAAUACUGAAUUUAAUUCAAAUGAGUGGAUUGAUUGGAUUGAAGAAGCUAUUACAAAAAAGCACAUUAAAUAUUACGAUUACAAACAUUUCAAUAAUAUUCAAGAAAUUGGUUCCGGAAGUUUUGGAAAAGUAUAUCGUGCUAACUGGAAAACAAACCAAGACAAUAAUUCAAAACAAUAUUUACUGGUUAUGGAAUAUGCCGAUAGUGGUACUCUCCGAGAUUAUUUAAGUGAACAUUUUGAUAAUCUCACUUGGAACAAUAAAUUGGAACUAGCAUUUCAAUUAGCUAAUGCUAUAUUAUGCUUACAUGAUGAAGAUAUCGUUCAUCGUGAUUUGUACAAAGUGAAUCAAAGUUCUGUAUCGAUGUCUAAUAAUACUGAAUUUAAUUCAAAUGAGUGGAUUGAUUGGAUUGAAGAAGCUAUUACAAAAAAGCACAUUAAAUAUUACGAUUACAAACAUUUCAAUAAUAUUCAAGAAAUUGGUUCCGGAAGUUUUGGAAAAGUAUAUCGUGCUAACUGGAAAACAAACCAAGACAAUAAUUCAAAACAAUAUUUACUGGUUAUGGAAUAUGCCGAUAGUGGUACUCUCCGAGAUUAUUUAAGUGAACAUUUUGAUAAUCUCACUUGGAACAAUAAAUUGGAACUAGCAUUUCAAUUAGCUAAUGCUAUAUUAUGCUUACAUGAUGAAGAUAUCGUUCAUCGUGAUUUGCACUCAAAUAAUAUAUUAGUUCAUAAGAAUACCAUUAAAUUAGCAGAUUUUGGAUUGUCAAAAAGGAUUGAAGAAUCAUCCAACGUUCAAUCAAAAUUAUUUGGAAUGGUUGCUUAUGUUGAUCCACAAGUAUUUAAUACAAAAAGGGAUAAUAACAAUCAAAUACAAGUAUAUUCAUUAAAUAAAAAAAGCGACAUCUACAGUAUCGGCAUACUCUUGUGGGAAAUUUCUAGUGGAUGGCCACCUUUUCAUAAUGAACCACAUGAUGUUAGUUUGGCUAUGGAAAUUUUACAAGGUCUUAGAGAAAACCCUAUUCCUAAUACACCCGUAGAUUACAUAAAAAUAUACACUGAUUGCUGGAAUAAUGAACCAGAUAAUCGUCCAACUGUCAACCAGUGUGAGAUAAAAGUGCCAAAAUUCAAAAAAAUUCAUGGUACUCCAAACCUAAGAUUUCAAAACUAUAAAUCUGAAACUCAUAUAUCUUGAAAUACCAUAAUUCUUGUAUUUGAUGAUUGUGAAAUACAUAAAUCUAUUCCCGAAAAUUUUAAUAUUUC